AUGCCUUAUCGCCGAAUGUUCGCAGGUCGGCGGGGGUGCACCAUCAACGACUUGAUGGAUCAAGACUUCGACCGCAAGGUGACGCGAAGCAAGAAGCGGCCGUUGACAUCCGGCGAGCUCGGGAACACGCACGCGAUCGCCUUCCUCGGAGCACAGCUCACGCUCUACGUGGCCGGUCUCUUCAGCCUCAACGUCGAGUGCAUCAAGCUCGGCUUGGCUGUGUUGCCCCUGGCCGCCCUGGGCGUGAUCUUCAGCUGGGGUGUGAUCAUGAGAUGGGCAGCGGUCCACGGGUCCGCUUCUUGGGAACACGUCUUACCACUGUAUGGCACGGGCGUAUGCUGGGCCCUUGUGUACGACACCCUCUACGGUCACCAGGACAAGGCGGACGACAAGCGUCUCGGCAUUAGAUCCACCGCUCUCCUUUUCGGCGACAGAACGAAGCCGAUUCUCGACGGGUUCGCGGUAGCGGUGGUGGGGCUGUUGGUGGCCACGGGGAUUGCGGCGGGUCUGCCAUGA